AUAUAUCUUUUUUAAAAAAUUACAAUUUUAAGGGCAUUGAUGCCAUUUUGAAAAAAAUUAGUCUAAUAGGACAUAAAGUAGUAUAAAUUAGUCUAAAGGGACAUAGUUACCAUUUUUUUGCUCUAAAAAAACAGAUUUCCCUGUAAUAUUUUCCAAUCUCUGUAAACAAUUUUAGUUGUUAUUGUCUUUUUCCCCUUUUUAACAUAACAUUCAUUCUAAAAAAAUAUUUUAGUUUAGAUUAUUAUUAUUAUUUUAUUUUUUUUGCAAAAGGCUUUAUUUAGUUUAGAUUCUAUGUUUAUUGUUUUUGCACGAAUUAUUUGAAGCAUCUCUUUGUGUUUUGGGAGUCAGCAACUCAGCAUCUCUAGAUCUUAUCUCCUUUUUUCAAUAUUUAAUCAUAAGAAUCUAAAGCCAGUCCAUCACCGAGAGAAUCAUUCGUUAGAAAAAAUACAAAAAGACUUUGUUUCAUGUCUCUCCGAUCCGUCAAAAAGGCACAUUAAUUUGAUUACACGAUUAUUAAUAUGGACUACAACUACUAGGACUUAUUUAAUCUAAAACUUGUUUUGUUAACAUCAUAAUGUCGAUCUUGAGUUGAAUUCAAUCAAUAAAAUCAAUUUUAUGCCAUAUUUUCUUUUCCUUUUUUUUUGUUGAGUCCUAAACAUUAUGAGAUUUUGACUAAUAAAUUUCUUAUUCAAUUGAUUUAAAUAUUUAAAUUCAUAUGGUUCUGUGAUAAUAUAAUUUUAAAAAAUCUAAUUAUUGAAAUUAAUUUGCUGCCAUAUUUUCUUUUCUUCUUUUUUGUUGAGUCAGAAACAUUAUGAGAUUUCGACUAAUAAAUGUGUUAUUCAAUGGAUUUUGAGUAUUGAAAAUCACAUGGUUCUGUACUAAUAUCAUUUUUGAAAUUCUUAUUAUCAUCAUCCCAAAACUGAGAAUUUUCAUGAACAAAAAACGUCAAAAGAUUCUCCCAUUCCCUCUCUUUCUCUAACCUUUUUCCUAAAGAAUCAAAUCUAACUUUCUUCUCUUCUUCUUCUUUUUAUGUUUCCUCUGACUUUCUUUAAGUCACUCUUCAUUCAUCCUCCAACUACCACUAGGAUUUAAAAUCCUACCCAAAACUAUAUUUUUGUUUUUAAAUAUAUUUUAAAAUUUCUCAGUAUUCUUGAUCUCCUGUUUUAGUCACAUACGAGAGCUACGUAGGUGAUCUACAUGUAACAUCUUUCUUACUUGUAUCUUAAGAAUAUGUUAUUGUACCCAAUCAUUACCCGAACUUGAGAUCAUAAACCAAAUCUACUAGACUCUCCAGUUUAGCAUUUUCAGUAAAUCUUAAUCUAAUGGAACCAAAUAUUUAGAUAGGUUCUUCAUUCUCUAAUAUGUUUGGAUGUUGUAUACUCGUUUUGAUCUGAACAGUUUAGGAUCGAGAUCACACUAAUCUAAUCAUUAUGUGCCUUUUUUAUGUAUGAGUUUGGUUUCUUUGACUUUUCUUCUUAGAUCCUUGACUACUGUUAACAUGUACUUGCUUCUCUGCAGUUCUGGUAAUGGCUGAAGAGAAUAUUUCACAAGUUAAAGAGAUGAUUCCUGAUGAGAAUUGUUGCUUUGUUCUUCCUCCUCCUCCAGCUGCAGUGUCCAAUGGUAAUGUGAAUAUGAGAUGGUACUCGACUGGAGUGUUAGAUAAACGAGUACCACCAGGAGGUAAAGCUCAGGGUCAAACCCGUUACCGUGGGAACCAAACGAGUUCGAGUCAUGAUCUUUGUAAACACGGGAAGAGGCGUGAGGAUGAGUUGGUGAUCAAACCGUGCAAGUUGGUUAAGAACAAGAAAGUUGAAGGCGGAGGAGGUUUGGUGAAUGGCGAGACUUUGAGUGUGGUGAUGAGGAAGUCGUUGGUAAGUGUCUCUAAACCCGACAAGUCGUUGCAUGUUGCAAAGAAAGAUCCUGCUGCUGUUGUUAGUGAGGUUGUUAAAUCUUGUGAUGGUUUACGUGCUAAACUAAGUGAAACAAAGAGUACUACUACUACUCCGAGUGACUCAGCUUCUGGUGUAAGAAUGGUCAAGAAGGUGAGCAAGAGUUCUAAAGAGGAUGUACUGAAAAAUAUAAAGGACAAAGAGAAGAAGACGAAGAUUGAUGAUGUAUUGGAGAAGAAGGUUUCAAGGAUCAUGGAGAAAAAGAGUUCUAAAGAGGAUCUUCUGAAGAAUGUGAAGAGAAAAGAGAAGACGGAGAUUGAUGAACUGGUUAGAUGUGAUGAUGUAUUGGAGAAGACUUGGUAUGCUGUUGCAUCCAGUAUAGAGGAGAAGAAAAAGAAGAAGAGCGUUGGAAGUGUUAAGAGUGAGACUCUUAAAAGAUCAGACCCUAGGCCACCAAUAAGACAGAUCACUUCAAGGUCUAAGACUAGUUUGUCUGAGAAGAAAGAGAGUGGUUCUCCAACUCUUGUAGCUAAUGCCAAAACCGAAAUCAAGAAGAGGAUUGGUUUAAAGCCUAAGGCUAUUCCUCCUCCUGGUCUUCCAACAAGACCGGUGAGUUUCAAGAAAAGAAGAGUUUUUGAACCGAAAACAGAAGAUCCCACUCUGACAUCGAUCAAGUUCAAGAAGAGAGUUGUUCAAGAACCAAAACUUAUAAGCGAUGUGAACAAGAAUAAGAAGAACCUGAAAGAUAGAGGAGAAGGUGAUAAGAAGAUGAGCUAUAAUAACAGCGAUGAAGGUAAGCAAGAGAAGGUUGUUUUGAGGCAUAGAAAAGUGGAAGAGAAGAAGAAAAUGGGGACACUAUUCAAUAAUGUGAUUGAAGAGACUGUGAAUAAGCUUGUAGAAGAGAGGAAGAGUAGGGUUAAAGCAUUGGUUGGUGCUUUUGAAACUGUAAUCUCUCUUCAAGAUAAUGAUAAAACAUCUCUGCUUAAGAAGAAGAUUCAGAGCAAGUCCACAUCUUCACAAGUUGUUGAAGGCUAGUGCUUGCUUGAUAUCCAAAAUUUACUAAGAGAAAGAGAUAAAUCUUGUGAAUUUUGCUAUACAGUUCUUGAAUCUUGUAAUAUAACAUUUUCUAUGAAAUCAAUCAUCUAUUUCAAGUA